CUGUCCCCUCUGAUUGGUUCUCUGGGCACCUACCACUCCCACGCGGGAAAGAAACCUCAGCUUCUCGCAUGCGCAGUUACUGAGAAUGCGCCUCCAGCCAGUGAGGGAAGGCGCGGCAAGUGUACGGCGCGUGCGCAGAGCCCGGAACGCGCUUGCGCUUCGGGCUUUGCAGUGGUUUGGGGUUCUCCUUGAACGUUUCCAGCUGGAGGCCAGUUCUGAGACCAGGUCCCGGCAAGCGCCCACGCUUCUGAUGAGUGCCUUGGGUUUACUGCGAGGUCCUGCGGCGCUGGCCAGAGUGUGCUCGGGGCCUUGGGGCCUUGCGCUUGGGGAGAAGCGGAUGCUGCUGUCCCCGGGAGGUGCUGCCACAGCGCUGCAGGUGGCCAGCAAGAGGGACGGCCCUGCCUUGCUGCCCCUGGACGAGAGCGAGCUGGAGGAGCAGUUUGUGAAGGGACACGGGCCCGGGGGCCAAGCCACCAACAAAACCAGCAACUGCGUGGUGCUGAAGCACGUGCCCUCGGGGCUGGUCGUGAAGUGCCAUCAGACGAGAUCUGUGGACCAGAACAGGAAGCUAGCUCGGAAAAUCCUACAGGAAAAAGUGGAUGUUUUCUACAAUGGUGAAAACAGUCCUGUUCUCAGAGAGAAACGAGAGGCAGAGAAGAAAAAGCAAGAAAGGAAGAAAAGAGCAAAGGAAACUCUAGAAAAAAAGAAACUGCUGAAAGAACUACGGGAGUCGAGUCGAAAUGCUGCUGUGGGAAGAACUGCCGAUGCCGACUGAGUCUGCCAGGAAGCACACAGGCAGUAACACUGGCGACUCCCAUCAGUUUGUAAAUGAUGGGCUAGGGCAGGUGCGCCUGGAAUGUAGGCGCUCAGGAGGCUGAGGCAGGAGAAUCACCACCAGUUCAAGACCAGCCACAGCUACAUAGUUCACGGCCAGCUACUAACUCAGACUAAGCUGGAGCAGACACUGAUGCACACUUAAGAGAGCAGAACUAGAAGAAUCCCGAGGAAGCCCUCAGUGUGAAAGGCAGCUGCUUCUCUAGGGGCUGAGGCGCUCCCUGGGCGCAGCCCUUGGUGGGGCGUCUGGGCUGGCAGUUGUUUUGCUUUGCAGAACUGGAAACUGGUUCCAGAAGUGCUGUACCACUGAGCUAUAUCCCAGCCCUUUUUGAGACAGGAUCCUUGAGGUUUUCCUGCCUCAGCCUUCUGAGUAGCUGGUAUUACAAGUGUGUGCCACUGUGCAUAGCCAUUGUUGAUUCUUGACCUGGGCAAUAGUUAGGUCUCCCUUUCUUUCUUUUUAAAAAGAAAUAGGAGUCUUUUUUUUGUAUAAGAGUUGAACUCACGACCUCAUGCUUGCCAGGCAGGUGCUAUGCCGCUGAGCUAUAUCCCCAGCAGAAACAGGAGUCUUGGGCUGGGGCCAUAGCUUAGUGGUAGAGUGCUUGCCCAGCAUGCAUGAAGCUGCCCAACGAUGAAAAAAAAAACAAGCAGUGAUCUCACUGCUGCCCCAACUCUGGAGCUCAAAAGACCCUCCUGUUUCAGCCUCCCUUGUAGCAGGGACUACAGGUGUAUCCCACCUUACUUGGCAGCCAGGCUUGGUGGCUCAUGCCUGUAGUUCUAGCACUCAGGAGGCUGAGGCAGGAGGAUUAGUUCAAGGCCGCAUAGACUAUACAGUGAUACCCUGCCUAAAAAAAGAAUUGUUUAGGGAUAAAACUAGUAUUAGCAAGGUCUAUUUUCAUGGAGAACUCAAUCAUGAACAGCAUUUAGUGGUAGCUUGUCACCCACUGGGAGGCCUCUGCGCAGUGUUACCUUGUGAAGAAGAGGAAAAGAUGGCCAAGGUGUCACUAAGGCGCUUGCCAUUUACUCUUAGCUUGUGAACAGCGUGUGUGGCCAAGUCCGACUUUUGCUGUACAAUAACAUCGUCCCCUGUACACUGACUGGGGGUGGGGUUUGAUUUCAUUUGUUUCCAGUGCCAGGGUUCAAACCCAGCGCCUCCCCACUACACUGCUGCCCCAGUCCCGUUGUGUGUCCUCCAGCGUGCCGAGUUAGGGUCAGUGUGACUGGACCCAGCAUGCUUUACUGACCAAGGACACAAAAAAUACUCUGGAACUCUGAAACGUGCAGGCACGAGCAGCAGCCUCCAGCGAGGAUGUGGAGGGCGGUGGCCAUUUGCUGAGUCAGCUUCGCAGCCUCAAGUUUUCCACUUUCUUUCCAACCACAUGUGGCAUCUGCUGCUGUCAAACACACUCUGCCUCAACUGAAGCACACAAGUGCUUUCCCCGGCCAGCUGGGCCACGGCAUCAGGACACAAAGGGAAGAUGGCCUUUGACUGGUGAGCACCAGCUUCUCAUUGAGAAGCGUCCAGCAUGGUGGUGCACACGGUCAUCCCAGCACUCAGGAGGCUGAGGCAGGAAGAUCAUAAGGGUUACAUAGUGAGUUGAAGUUCAGCCUGACCUGUCUCAAAAAGUAAACCAAAAAAGGGAGGGUGCUUUAAAACAGCACAUCAGGGGCUGGGGAUUUAGCUCAGCGGCAAAGCGCCUGCCUGGCAAGCGCAAGGUCGUGAGUUCAGUUCCUGGUA